CUGCAACAAUGGGUUCUAUUGCCUUGGAAGAGUAUGAACUUAUGAAAGACUCUAAAUAUAGAGUCUAUGUGUCUGCUGUUGACAAAGCUCUAAAGAGCUUUGAGUACACCAGUGAAUGGGCAGAUUUAAUUUCUGCACUGGGAAAAUUAAACAAGGUGUUGCUAAGUCAUAUGAAAUUUCCGGUUAUUCCUAGAAGAAUUAAAAUAUCCAAAAGAUUGGCACAAUGUAUGCAUCCUGCUUUGCCAUCCGGUGUUCAUUUGAAAGCUCUCGAAACCUACGACAUUAUUUUUAAAUGUAUGGGCACUAAUAGGCUGAGUCAUGAGCUCUUUAUAUACAGCGCUGGUCUUUUCCCAUUGUUAGGUCAUGCAGCUAUGAAUGUGAGACCAUCCUUGCUGACAGUAUACGAAACUCAUUUUGUGCCUCUUGGAGAGAGAUUACGGCCUGGAUUGAGUGGUUUUCUAAGCGGAGUUCUUCUCGGUUUAGAAGAUGGUUCCGACCACUUUGAUAGAACGAAUUCCUUGCUUGAGAAAGUGUGCGAGGGAGUGGGUCCGGAGCAUUUUUAUGCAUGUUUAUGGGAUUGUUUAGCUUCAAAUUCUGGAAUUCGGUUACCCGCUAUAUCAUUUGUGUUAGCACAUUUCAAUAAGAAACUGCCAAUGGAAGAGCAAAGGUACAUCAUGGGCACAGAUACCACUAUUAUGGUUACCGCUCUCUGCGCUGGAGUACAAGACAGUUCUGUGUUAGUACAAAGAAGUGCUUUGGAUUUGCUGUUAGUCGGUUUUCCUGUACAUAAUAGUCAAUUAACACGCGAACAUAUGGUAUCACUAGUCACAGCUGCUCUUGUCACUAUUUUAAGAAGAGACAUGAGCUUGAAUAGGCGAUUGUUUGCUUGGCUCUUGGGUACUGAAGUAAGCACAUCUAUUUUAAAGAGGAAAGCGAAUGCUACAGUCUCUGAGACAGCAGAAAUUACACCUACUUAUUUUGAUAUAUAUUCGAAAGAGAUGUUGAUAGAGGCGAUUAAAUCAUUGUUGAAAACUGUGUGCGAGGAAAGUCCACAGGAUUUGAAACCGUACAGAAUAUUGGUUUCGUUAUUAGAGAAAGCGGAUAUCGGUCCAGUGAUUCUGGAUGAUAUUUUGUGUGAGGUUUUUAGGACAUUUUAUAAUGCUUGUGGACAAUCAAACAGAGUACCAAAAACGAACGAGGUAGUGAAGUCAGCGAAUCUGCUGUUUUCCACAUUAGAACCAUCCUACGUUUGGAUACAUUGCGGACACUUAUUUGAAAAUGCUUGUCGAACUAGAGCAAACAGUAAACGCCAGAUAGAAGAUGUUGCCGUGAGACCCGUAGGCAGUGGCAUGCCAAAUUUUAUGGAAGUGUGUAUAUUAACGGGAUUUCUAUUGGACACGGUGUCGUUAGAUGCAUUUAUAGAUACUCCAUCCGAGCACCUGCCUGGCUUGUUCUACGAAAUUGUCAGUAAGCUUUUGCAUCACAUCGAUAUUUUGUCUCCUAUGGAGGUUUCAAGGAGUCUUCAGUUGUGCGGCAAAAUCUUGUCCAAAGUACAGCCGACGGUGGUGUCCACGCACACGGAGAAAGGCGAAAUAGAAACCAAGUUUGAGAGUACAGCAAACACCAGUGCCAUCACAGCGUUGACCGACAAUUCCUUGACUGCAAUCCCUUUAGAGAAGAGCCAAUCCGAUAGCAAGUUAAAUAAACCGGACACAUCAGGCGGAUCAUUUUCCGAGAAGAGCCCAAGCCCCAGAAGAAGGGCGAACUCGGGCGGUGCUGCUAAGAGGUCCGAGAAAAAAUCAAAGAAAAAAUCCAGCAAGAGCACUUCCAAGUUGACCGAUCCUAUACAAGAUACCAGCAGCAAUAUUUCAGUAGUGGUGAGCCAAGAAUCUAAAGCGCUACCACGAAACAAAAGCAUGGACGACAUAAAAAGUGGGUGUAUGGAAGCUAGUAGUAUUAGUUCACCAUCUAAGGAUCAGUUGAUUACAUUAAAGCAAUCGAGUAAAGGAACCGCGAUGGGUUCGACGGGAUCCUUGGGCAGAGGUCCAUCUCCAGCAUUUCAAGCACAACAUACGAUGUUAGAGAAAUGUCUGAGACAGUACGAGACGUUUUACGUUAGACUGGUUGGUAAUAGAGUACUGAGCAGAGAGAGAACGGUACAGGAUAUGUACGAUAAUUUGAUAAUUUCUCUACCAAGAGAGAGUUUCGACGAGAAGAUGCACUACUUAGAACUUCUAUUGAACUCCCGAUUGAAUAUGGAGGAUUCUGGAUUCUUUAGCCAAGAUGUGUCCGUGAUAGAAGAUACUAAGCGAUUGGAUAUUCUUAACCUGCAUAUAGAUUCUGUGUCGCAAACAGAAUGGGAGGAAACCGUGCAGAUAGCGUCCAGUUUGUUCGUCGAACUCUCCACGUUUCCGAAAUAUUUUCAUCCCGGCGAUGGAGUACUGGUGGAAGAAGAGCCAAAGGGAAAUAUCGUUCUUCCGGAUUGGUUGAAAGUUUUAAUAGUUUGUAGCUGCUGGCUAGGGAAGCAGCCCGCUUUGCAGUUGACCAGCAUUGCCACGCUGUUAGAUUUAAUAGCGUUAUUGAAAGCUCACAACGAUAUCGAAACUCAUACAAAGUGCGGAGAGGGAGUAACAGCCGUGAUCAUGGUGCCUUUGUUGAAGCAGUGGCACGUAACUUAUUUAAUGCAAUAUACCAACGUAUUCCAGGUACUGGCACAUUCCUUGUGGCGUCAUCUGGGCGAAUUACCCGCUCACAAAUACAGAAUGCGAUGCGUCGAAUUGUUGCACGAGCUUCAUCAUGGCUUGUACAACUCCUGCGAUGCGGUUGAGGAUGUAAUAGGAGCUGCGUUGACGUCAGAAAACGUAGAGAAGAGGAUAGAAGCUUUUAACAGGUUUGCCACUUUGUGGCACUUGGGAAGAGAAAUUGAAACUAAUCCCAGACUGCGAGGAUGCAUGAGGUCAUUUGACCAGUCGCUGUUAAAAAUAUUGGAUAAUUUACAACUCUCAGAUAAUUCACCACUAAAGCUCCACGCUCAAUCGUGGCUACUUCAUUCUUUGAUGCGAGGUGACAUUUCAAGAAUAGUGGAUCCGCUGCUGAUAAUACUUUUAGAUCCAUCCACCUGUCGUAUGAGUGUUCUCCAUGUCAGUAUUCAACACAGCAAUACUGUCCUGACCAAAAACGAUCCUAUAGAAGAAAAAUCAGAGAUACAGGAUGACACAGAAGGCUCUGCAAAGAUUUACGCGAUCAGCUCUGUGGACGGAAACGUGAUAUACCACGUUAGUGAUGGUUUAGACGAGGACAAGAAAUGGCGAAAGGGAAAGAAGAAGAAAAAGGCCAUAAACCCAGUCAAAGUGAAAAGAAUCUUCGCCGUGACGACAUUGGCCGCCGGUGACAAUUGCAACCAGUACGUGACCGAGAGGAAUCAAUUUAUGAAAGAACUUGAGGUACCACCGAGCAUAUCCGGCAAUCGAAAGAUCUCUGUGUUUGUCAAUCCGUUGUCGUUGAAUUGCAACGAAAAUUCAAACGACUCGUUGACUGAGGAUGAAUCGUUGCCCAGCGUAAAGAAAGCAAACUUAACCACCGAAUUGCUAAAGAACGCGACUAGAUUCAAGAAGAUUGACUUCGAUAAAGGUUCCACCGCUAGCUUGGACGAAAGCCUCUUUGAGUCCGCCAACUCCAGCUCGAAGACAAAAGAGAAGAACGGAUUCAAGAAGUUGAACGGAGAAGUCGGCUCCUCGCUGGACUCGAUUACCAACAGUUUCGAUUCCAGCAGUCCAGAGAUAACCAGUAAACAAACGAAGUCGAAGAAAGAACCGGUCAUCAUGCCUGGCAGUUCCAGAGAAGUGGCAGGUACCAUCAUCAAGGGGAAAUAUCACAGUACAAAUGAAUUCAUGACGAAUUACGAUAUCCAUGAUGUUGGUAGCUUCGAGGCGAGCGUCGAGGUACCCAGUUGGACGAUGGGCGACGAAGAAGGUGACUUGGAAGCUAGCACAGCUGCGGAGGAAUAUUUCGGCAACUCCGGCAGCAAUAGCAUAGUGGAGGAAAUCUUGAAUGAUGUCCUCGACCGUGUGAUGCAGCUGUGUGACGUUAACGAAACACCCAAAAACGUCGAUGAGUCCACAUACCAGAAUACAAAAUCGGGCCGCAACUAUGGAGUUGGUGUUCACAAUCUCCACUCGCAUAUGCUACUUUAUUGUGGAGUCUAUGACUCGACCAGGACCCUAUACGCGUUGCGAACUCUUCGUAACGAGCUCCUGACGAACACUAGAAUGUUCUUGUGCUGUGCCGCGACUACUGGUGUGAGCAAUACUACGAAGAACACAACAUUGUUGAACUUACUGGCGAGACAUCGGAAAAGUGUGUUCGGAAGAAACUUUCACGGGGACAUUGCGAACACGGAAUUUAUAGCUGCUUAUAGAAGUAGCAUGUAUUUAGAAGUUUUAAUUAGCGUGUGCCUUUAUUUUGCGAGGAGCUACUAUCCUAAUCUGGGACAGAUGAGACUUACACAAGAGGAGAUUUCGGGAAAUCGACAGGUGCAAUUAGCCAGCGCCGAAUUGUUAACGCUAAUAUUCUCCGAGUUAAUUCCUAUUGUUCGUGAUUCGGGGAAGGGUUUUAGUUGUUACAUUGUCGAUUUGCUAACAAAAUGCAAAGUACAAAAGGUCGCGUUGCAUUGCCUUGUGUCCAGCGUUAUGAACAUGAAGAAUGCACACAAGGAGAAUGAGGAGGUAUUCACAUUUACCGAAGAAAUAAUUUUGUUUAAUGAUCCUGUUACGGACAGUGACGUAAAUAAGUGUAAAUAUAGAGCGAGUGAUCACACAGAAGCUUUCCAAAUACAACUAUUAAGACUGUUGUUGGCUUUAAUCAUGCUGGAGCACCAAUGCAGUAGCCAGAAAGGCGAAGAAAUAUGUCCACCAGUUGCGCCAACGCCAAGCACCCCGACACGAACCGUUCCUAACAUCACCGGAAGCAGCUUGAAAUAUGUACCUGGCGCGCCGAUUCCUCAACAACCAAUGUUCCUUGCUAGCAUACUUAGUGCUUUACAGUUGGACCACAUGAGACACUUGCACCAAUUUUGGACGACGCUUGUCACGUCGAGUCUUCCGUUCAUGGGGUCUUCGUUAACUGGAAUAGUAACGUCAGUCAUCCACCAAUUGUGUUGUAACAUCGAACACUUAGCAUCGUAUUAUAUUAACGAGGAGACAACAACGGCGACGAAGUUGCAAGAUUUAAGUACUGUCGAGUGUUGUCUUCCCGCGGAUUAUACCGUCACGCAUCUAGAAGCUUUAACGUUUCUACUUCAUUAUUGCUUAUUGGACACGUCCCAACAAAUCGGCUUCUCGUUCAAUCAGCCUUUCAGCGGCACAAUUCAGACUGGAAUACCUGGGGCAAAUCCAGGCCAAAUAUUCAAUAACCUUAUCCACGUGUUUAUGCCCAGCCCGCUCUCUCCAGACCUUAAUGCAUCAAAGGAUAAAAAUGGUGCAAGUGAAUUGCAACAACAUGCUAGGAGAACCGCUUUGAGUCAUCUACCAAGGAUAAUCGCGUCCCUUUCUACUCUAUGGCAAGCAGUGUUAGCGACAAAAGACAAUGAACAAGCUAGUUGCGUAGUGGGUAGUCCAAGAAUAGUAAAGCAUCAACUUUUGGAGCUUUUGUCUCCCAUAUCUUUCCAUCAUGGAGUGAACUUCCUGGCCGCUAUUGCUGUUGCUUGGCACGAAAGGCGGCAGUCUGCUGGUAAUUCGAAGAAGAUGCUUCCAGAAGCUUGCCCCAAUCAGCAAGUGAUGGUUCACUUAGUAAGCGCGAUUCGUGUGAUGCCUAUCGACACACUAGUCCAAACUGUUCACCAAGUUGUUAAGACACCUCCGCCUAUUCACGGUGUGAAACAAGACUUCUCGUUAGAAGUUUCUGUGUUGGAAUUACUUUACGUGUAUAUGCAAAGUAACACGUCUCAGUCCCUGAUCGAAUCUUGGGCGUCUUUGCUCGGUUUGCUCAAGGACGGCCUAUCGUUAACGGCGCCUGCUCAGUUUCUUUUGUUGGCGAUCUUGAACGAGUACGUGCAGAAAUGCCCUCCUAUGCAGGAGAAGAAAGACAUAAGAGAUCUGCAGGACGUGUCGGCAAAGUUGGUCGAAUCAUGUUCCCAAAUAGCCGGAGCAUGUCUAGAACAAACAACAUGGUUAAGAAGAAACCUAGCGGUGCGAGAAGACGCUUUUGAAGUUGCUGAGGGAUCUUCGGAAGGUAAAGAAGGCAAGAACGGUGCUGUUACUCCUGGGACUCCACCUAACGCAGCGUACAGUGUACAAGCUCAGGCAGUGUUGGCAGAAAUACUAGCGCCUCUGUUGGAUGUCAGUUACGGUUCCCAGGAGAAGGAACGCGUAGUAACGUUAUUAACCAAUCUUAUGUAUAAUGUGACACCGUAUCUUAAGAAUCAUUCGACAAAGAAUAUUGCCUCGUUCACGGCUUGUUCUCAGUUACUGAGUUCAUUGUCUGGUUAUCAGUACACUCGAAAAGCAUGGCGCAAAGAUAUAUUGGAUCUUCUACUAGAUUCCGCCUUUUUCCAGAUGACGCCCGCGUGUUUACCUUAUUGGAGAACUAUUAUAGAUAAUUUGAUGACACACGACAAUACAACCUUCCGAGAUUUAAUGAAUCGUGUUUCCAUGGCUCAGAGUAGUAGUAUCAGUAUAUUUUCAUCGAAGGAACAGGAGUAUGAGCAAAAAGCUCAAUUGUUGAAACGACUAGCAUACGUUAUACUUUGCAGUGAAAUGGAUCAAUAUCAUAAGUAUAUGCCUGAGAUUCAAGAACGAUUAGCGGACAGUCUACGAUUGCCACAAGUGAUUCCAUCUAUUCAGGCGCAAGUUUUUCUCUGCUUUCGGGUAUUGCUUUUAAGAAUGUCACCGCAACACGCCACUUCUUUAUGGCCGGUAAUAGUUAGUGAACUCGUUCAAGUCUUUCUAUACAUUGAACAGGAAUUGAAUGCUGAUAGCGAAGAAUUCAGUUCGCAUAUAAAACUGCUCUCUGCUUUGGAUUCAUCUUGGGCUGUGAAUGCUAGCAAUGGACUCCAGGCGCAUGGUCAUCCACAUUGGUUGCAGUUACAACUUGCAGCUGCCAAGUUGUUAGACCUAGCAUUACUCUUGCCUGCGCACAGACUUCCGCAGUUUCAAAUGUAUAGGUGGGCAUUUGUGGGGGAUUCUGCAGCAGGGUGUAUCGACAACAAUAACUUGUCGUCUGACUUUGUACCACAUAUUACAAGAAUAGCAAAAUUGAUGGACACCAAGUAUAAACAGGACACGAGCUCUGUAAAGGUGACACCAGGGGAACUUCUUCUAACUUCGAACAAUAUUCGUUCGUUGCAAGAUUUGCAUUAUUUUUUUACAACACUCAGCCGCAGAUCGAGCGACACUCAGGCACCGUUAAAUAUCACACAAUUGGAGACAGUGAUCGAACAAGAUUUCCUUGAGAAGAUGCCAGCAGCGAGGUAGUAGAAACAUACUUUGAACAAUGUAGGCAAGUGACUACUGAAGGGAAAAGGCGCAAGAGAGGCAUUCGAACAUCAAUUUUAUUCUUUGAUAUCUUUUUAAUGCGUCAACCGAGCGAAGUUUAAUUACAGUGCAGGUCAAAAGAAAGUUUAAAAUUCAUAUUUUUAUACGCAUUAAUUAUAAUAUUGUAUUAACUUGUAACCAUCAUUUUUAUGCCACUGAUCUUCCCAAUAGAGAACACUAGUUCCCCUUGAUGAAGGAAAAAAGUAUAUUUAAAGCUUCUUUCAUGACAAUAACAUGGAAAUAUGUGAAUCUGUCAACACUAUCCUUAUCAUAUGUAUAUUAAUGGCACAUGCUACGGUAGCGUAUAUACAAAGUUCGCUGAAGCAUUUCUUUUUUUUUUUUUAUGUUCAUACUUAUUAUUAUAAGUGAUAUAUCUAUACCUUAUAUAUGUAAAAAUUAUUGCAAGGAUCUAUUUCUUCGUGGUAAAUUACACUUGAUUUUAAACUUUUUUAUGGCCACCACUGUGCAUGUAUGAUAAACCGAGAGAGAAUUUUGUUGAAAAGCGAGACGGGAUACGUCUUCUAACCUGUACGUACGGUAUUAUCGUAAGCUUGUACAUUACAAAUCGAUUAAUAUCGACCGUCUGUAAUAUAAAGCAAUGAUUGAGCGAAAUGUUUGAUUUCGAUUAGCUACGCUUCGAACUUGUCUCCUCAUUCGGUUGUGAAUAGUUAUCAAAAUAAUAUGAUACG